GGGGCCGUUGCCAGUCCCGGCUGAGGUGAGGCGGCUGCUCCCCGCCAGGCCUGCGAGUGGCUGACUGGCAACGGAAGGCAGAAAUGGCUGCGGCGGCCGAGCAGGCCAAGAAGGCGGCGGCGGAAUGGCUGCGCUGGGACAAGAAUCCCAAAACAAUUGAAAUAGUGAAGCAGAUGCUUGUGAAAGGAGAACCAGAAGAACUCCAGCGAUGUUUUGGUUCAAGGAUGGAAUUUGGAACUGCGGGACUCAGAGCUGCCAUGGGAGCAGGGACAUCUCAGAUGAAUGACUUGACUAUCAUCCAGACAACUCAGGGAUUCUGUAAAUACCUCGAAAAGACCUGCAGAGACUUAAAGAAAAAAGGAGUUGUGAUUGGUUUUGAUGCUCGGGCCCAUCCUUCAAGUGGAGGUAGCAGCAAAAGAUUUGCAAGGCUUGCUGCUGCAGCAUUCAUCAGCCAAGGUGUCCCUGUGUACCUCUUCUCCAGUAUCGUACCAACUCCUUUUGUGCCCUACACAGUGAUUCAUCUGAAACUUUCUGCUGGAAUUAUGGUCACUGCUUCUCAUAACCCAAAGCAAGACAACGGAUACAAGGUUUAUUGGGGAAACGGUGCCCAGAUAAUUUCACCUCACGACAAAGGAAUCGCUCAAGCUAUCGAAGAAAACCUAGAGCCGUGGCCCCAGGCUUGGGAGGACAGCUUGGCUGAAAAAAACCCCCUUCUCCAUGACCCUUACUCGUCCAUCAACAAGGACUAUUUUAAAGAUAUACAGAGACACUGCUUUUACAGGAAUUUAAACAAGGAAACAAAGCUGAAAUUUGUCCAUACUUCUGUGCAUGGUGUAGGCCAUGAAUUCGUGCAGUCAGCCUUUAAGGCAUUUGACUUUAGCCCUCCAUUUGCUGUGCCCGAACAGAAGGAGCCUGAUCCAGAAUUUCCAACAGUAAAAUAUCCAAAUCCCGAGGAGGGUAAAGGCGUUCUGACACUGUCAUUUGCUUUGGCUGAAAAAGUAGGAGCUCGAAUUGUUUUGGCCAAUGAUCCAGAUGCUGAUCGGCUUGCUGUUGCAGAGAAACAGGAAAGCGAUGAAUGGAAAGUGUUUUCAGGCAAUGAGCUGGGAGCUCUUUUAGGCUGGUGGAUCUUCACUAGCUGGAAAAAACAGAAUCCGGAUCCUGGUGCUAUUAAAGAUGUAUACAUGCUGUCUAGCACCGUCUCUUCCAAAAUCUUAAGAGCAAUUGCACUUAAAGAAGGUUUUCACUUUGAAGAAACGCUGACAGGAUUCAAAUGGAUGGGAAAUCGAGCCAAGCAGCUUGAAGACCAAGGAAAAUCAGUUUUAUUUGCCUUUGAAGAAGCCAUUGGAUACAUGUGCAGCCCUGUUGUCCUGGAUAAAGAUGGUGUGAGCGCUGCGGUCAUAACCGCAGAGAUGGCUACUUGGCUGGCAACCAAGAACUUGUCUCUGUCUCAGCAGCUGAAGGCCAUCUACAAUGAGUAUGGAUGCCACAUCACAAAAGCGUCCUAUUUUAUCUGUUACGAUCAGAAGACCAUCAAAGGGCUGUUUGAAAAGCUUAGAAAUUAUGACGGGAAAGAUACUUACCCAAAAACUUGUGGGAGGUUUUCUGUUUCUGGAGUACGAGAUCUGACUACUGGCUAUGACAGUAACCAGCCUGAUAAAAAGGCUGUGCUCCCCACCAGUAAAAGCAGCCAAAUGAUAACAUUUACCUUUGGUAAUGGGGGUGUGGCUACUAUGAGGACCAGUGGAACUGAACCCAAAAUCAAAUAUUAUGCAGAGCUUUGUGCACCUCCUGGAAACAGUGACUUUGAAAAGCUGAAGAAAGAACUGGAUGAAUUGGUCAGUGCCAUUGAGAAAUAUUUCUUUGAGCCAGAGAAGAAUAAACUGCAAGCCAAGCCAGAGUGACCAAGGCUGUCUUUGCUUUGGUCUGUGCACCUCAAAACGUUUGUGAUGGUUUAUUACACAGUAUGCAUAAGGCAGAUCUUUUAUUAAAGAACCAAGAUUUUACAAAGUAGGCUUUGAAAAAUGCAUUUUGUGUUUUAUUAGGUGACGAAAAAAUAGGGCUACACCAGGCAACACACCAGCAAACCAAAUAAGGAAAAAAGAAGCUAAGUGACAGUUUAUUAUUAUACAUUCUGUAGAACUUAAUUGCUGUGGAGAAGUUCAGCACAAAGUCAGUGCUCUGAUCCCCUGAUGAAGCUCUUAUGACAAAACUUGUGGGGGCUUUGUAUAAUAAAGCUGUCAGGUAGCUUUGUUUUUCCUUCUUUGCUUUACCUGGUGUUCCCUGGAUGGAUUCUCCUUCAGCCAGUACCUUUCUGUUGAAAAAAAAAAACUUUGUUUAGUGAAGAUCUUUCUUAAUACAUUUUCAUGCAGAAAGCUCACUGGGCCUUAACGAACAACUGGAAGCGCUAGACACCUUUUUGGGGCUUAGUGGCGAUUUCAUACUGCUCAGUUUUGCUUUCCCUUCCAUUGUGUGCCACAUGUAAAGAGCCCUGCGCUCAGAAGAUCAUAACUGCUGGUGGUCCCUGGCCCAAAAGAUAUCUGGCUGUCUUCAACUACAGCGAGGGUUUGUUUGGCCUUGGCUCUGGCGUAGUGGAACUCUCUACCUGGUGACAUCCACACUUCGCAGGGCCUUGCUGAAUUCGCAGGGCAUGUAAAACAGGUGUUCCACCUGGCCUAUGGUUGAGGAUGGCAGCAGCCCCACACGUGGUCUCCUCCAUGACCAUGAAGAAGCAAAGUGCAGUUUUAUGCCGCUGUUAAAUUCAGCUGAUUUUAUAUUAAAUUAUUCUGUUUAUUUUAACCUGUUGUACACCACCCUGUGCCCUUCAGGGAAGGGCAGUCUAUAAAUUUAAUAAAUAAUAUCUCAUGC